CAACGUUCAGACAGGAAAGCGCAUCGAAGAGCUGCCAAAAACAUCCGCAGGAGAGGAUGGCUAGCUAAAGAAGUUUCCCUUCAAUUUAAGAAGCGGCACUGUUGCUCCAAAUAUUCGAAAGGAAACAAGGACUUCAGCGUUGUUUCACUCUCACGACGCACAUUCCUUGGGUGUGUUUUCAGCAUUUCAUAUGUAACACACCCAAAAGGAUCCAUGUCUUUUCUUCGUUGGGUAACUGAGAAAUUAAGUGUGGAGAGCCUACGGGAUUUGGAGUUGUUUGGAGAGCAAGCUCAGGGACUCUCUCACAGGAAAACCCAUGAGGACAGUCAGGAGAGUCUGACCUCCCUCCCGCGCCGGGACACCAUGGGCAGCUUCCUCCCUGACAGCAGCUCGUAUGAGGUCCUGACUGUUAUCGGACGGGGUCUGGACGACUUGAUGACAGUGAACCUGGCCCAGUACAGACCCACAGGGGAGCAUGUGGCCAUCAGACGGAUUGACUUGGAGUCAUGCACUAACGACAUGGUGGCUUACCUGCAGGGUGAAUUACAUGUGUCAAAGCUCUUUCACCACUCCAGUAUUCUACCUUACAAGAGCGUCUUCAUAGCUGAAAAUGAGCUGUGGGUCAUCACCCCCUUCAUGGCUUACGGGUCGGCCAGAGAUCUGAUCUGCACACACUUCACUGAUGGUAUGCCUGAGCUGACGAUUGCAUACAUUUUACUCGGUAUGCUCAAAGCUCUGGAAUACAUCCACCAUAUGGGAUAUGUGCAUCGGAGUGUGAAGGCCAGCCAUGUGCUGAUCUCAGCUGAUGGACAGGUCUGCAUGUCAGGUCUACGGAGCAUCUUCAGUCUGAUUCGGCAUGGCCAGAGGGCCAGAGUUGUCCAUGACUUCCCCCAGUACAGCGUCAAGGUGUUGCCUUGGCUGAGUCCUGAGGUGUUGCAACAGAACCUGCAGGGUUAUGACUUUCGAUCAGACAUCUAUAGCCUCGGCAUCACUGCCUGUGAACUGGCCAAUGGACAUGUGCCCUUCAAAGACAUGCCAGCUACACAGAUGCUGCUUGAGAAGCUAAACGGGACAGUGCCGUGUUUGCUGGACACCACCACCAUCCCACCAGAGGAGCUGUCACUGAAACCGUCUCGCUCUGGGGCUGAUUCUGGGAUCUGCGAGGGCCCAGGAGCUGGAGGUGUUCGUCAGUCCAACGGAGAACCCUCCUCCUCAUCAGGACACCCCUACAACCGCACGUUCUCCCCACACUUCCAUGCCUUUGUUGAGCUGUGUCUACAGCGAGACCCGGAAAAAAGACCUUCAGCGAGCACCCUCAUAGGCCACCCUUUCUUUAAACAGAUUAAACGCCGGCCCUCGGAGGCUUUGCCUGAGCUGUUACGGCCCGUCUCCCCGAUCACAAGCUACGAGAUCUCCCAGCCACAGGACUCUCCCUCUGGACUGGCCAGCCUGGAGUCAGGGCUCAGCCACCUGGACGUGGAUGACUGGGACUUCUGACAGUGGAGGACUCUGUGGGGGGACUAUCAGAGCAUACAGGAGAUCUUUUUUGUAAAAGCCCACUUGUAAAUAAUUCAGAUGUGAAACUAAAAGGAGUUGCUGUUCUCAGACAGAGGUUGAAAGCCAGCAGCCGUCUUGCCUCGUUUUGAUGUCUCUCACAUGCUUUUGUUCUUAGAUAUGCACAGACUCUUGCACUGCACUGAUGGCCUCUCUCUUCACAAACACACAUGAGUGUUUACAGAUUGUACCCACACUUUAUAAACCCCCCUGGAGCCAAAAACACAACAGGACUCCUCUACACCUCAUGCUGGGUCUAAGGUUUCAGAGGACGGUCUGUGGAUGUCGAUGAACUUGAAGUUCCCCGUGGAAAUCAUCAGUGGGAAGCUGCUACUUAAUAUUCAGAGGGGGCGCUCUACCUCCUGUUUGAACAUGGCUGCUUAAUGUGGCCCAUCUGCUCCGUGAGACCACCAUGAGGGUGCACACCGGUCCUCACAGCUUUCUCAGUUUGACCCUUCGUGCACCAGAUGGAAGCUUCUGACUUUUCCCUGACUGAAUGGCAUGUAAAUGCAUUUCUUAGCUCUCUGCCUGUGUUCAGCAUCACCUUUGUUACACAGAGGUUCAACACAACACCUAUUUAGUUAACCUCCAAGCAUAGAAGUGUAUUUCCUUCAACUUGUUCUGAGCGUGAUGUUACUAAACGUGAAUGUUACAUUG